CUGAGAUUGGGGUUUACAGUGGGCUCGGCCAAACUGAGGUUCAGGAUUGGACUUCUGUGAGGAAGAGUCGUGUAGAGAGGAAGAACUGGGCUGAGAGCGAUGUGGGUCAGGACGACAAUGACGAUUGAAAGGUGGAUCAAGAAAAAGACUGAGGAAGAUGAGAGCAGCAGUGACAUAAACAGGUUACCCGGCUGGGAAAGAGGACAUCUGCUGACUGGUGUGGCGUCUAGCACUGAUGCAUCUACCUUCUCCUCUGAAGGUGAAUUCAAGGACAGGUGCUGCUGGAAACAUAAGCAGUGCACUGGGCAUAUCAUCCACCCUUUCACAUCUGACUGCGCUCACCACAACCUGCACCUGCACUCUCUCAGCCACUGUGACUGUGAUUCCAGGGUGAAGGACUUCUCAGAGAACACAAAUAGCAGCAGCUCCCAAGAUAUGGGCUCAACCUGUUUCAACAUCAUCCAGACGCCUUGCUUUGCGCUCAUCCCAGAGGAGGAAUGUGUGGAGCGGUUCUGGUAUGGCUGGUGCAAAAGCUACAGGCCUGUCUCUGUGGCAGUGAUCCACCAUCCCAUCCACCACGAAUGUGGAGCAGAUGACCUAAAUGAAGAAGAGGAAGAGGAGGAAGAAAGCAAGCCUCCUAUCCCGACCCAGGUGGGGCCUACCACCACCACACCCGACAAAGGCAUAGGAGUGGGCACGAUCACAGGUACCCCAGACUCGGCAGCUCCCAUUACCAUCUGGCGCUCUGAGAGUCCCACAGGGAAGUCCCAGGGCACCAAAGUUAUCAAAAAGGUCAAGAAGAAAAAGGAAAAAGAGAAAGAGAAAGAGGAGGAGAUAGAUGAGAAGGCAAAGUUGAAGAAAAAAAUCAAGAAGGGCAAGUUGACUAAAAAGAAAAGCCCAGUUAAAUCAGAAUCUUCACCUCCAGACUUGAUCAGAUCAAUAAGCCCAAGGGACUUGGCCAGGAUGUCAGAGUCCAGCCCAGACAGCCGGGAAGAGCUAGAGAGUGAGGACAGCUACAGUGACCCCAGGCAAGAGGAGCCCUCCAGCGAGGAUAUUGUGGAGACUUCAUCGCCCAGAAAGAAAGAGAAGAACAUGGUCCAGACCAAGAAACCUGGAGCAAAGCCCUCUCCAAUCAAGAAGAUCAACAAGAGAAAAUCUCCCCCAGUAUCAAACCCCAAUCUCAGUUGAGGCCAGGGCAACCAGGGUGAAGAAUAAAUGCCAUCAAGCCUGUUGCUCAUCCCCUGCUGCUGUUCUCUCUCCCUCCAACUUGGCUACUUCUGGGGGGAGGGGGUGGGUUCUGGGCAUAGCUGGAGCAGAGGGUCUAGGGGGCUGCAGGGGUUUCUAAAGGGCAGUCCACCUUUCAGGAGGAAGUGCGUAGGAAGGUAGGUAGGAAAGCAGGGUAGGGGCACUGUAACAGCCUGUUUCUCUAUGACAUCCUAGGCCCAGGGCAGAAGCACACAUCUGGGUGGGGUGGGAAGGAGGCAUCCCAUCUACUGGGAGACUGGUUUGUGUUAAACCCAUUCCGGGACAGGCGGGACUGUCUGUGGUGAUAUUCCUAAUAAACUGAACC